CAGGACGCGCCGCCACCCAGCCGGCGCCCGCGGUCCUGAGCCGACCACCCUCCCGGCAAGAUGUGGCAUAAUGUCGGGCUGACCCUGCUGGUGUUCGUGGCCACGCUGCUGAUCGUCCUGUUGCUGAUGGUGUGCGGUUGGUAUUUUGUAUGGCAUCUUUUUUUAUCAAAAUUCAAGUUUCUCCGAGAACUAGUGGGAGACACAGGAUCCCAGGAAGGAGAUCAUGAGCUUUCAGGCUCUGAAACUGAAGAAGAUGCUUCCUCCUCUCCACACAGGAUCAGAUCUGCUCGACAGAGGAGGGUACCUGCUGAUGAGGGCCACUGACCCCAGACAUGGUCAUUUAUGGUGAAUGAUGAGGGCAGUUGUCAGCCUUUCUCUUGUGACUUGAUACUGAAAUUUACUGAAUGACUUGUGAACCUUUGUACUUGGAUUUUAAGUCCAAUUCAGAAGAAGAUUUACAUGUAAGCCAUAUAAAAAUAAAGGGAAUUAAAACCAAAUUGAACCAUUGCAAAUUUCAUCUUAAAGAUUAUCUUUUGCUUCACUGGCUGUCUACUUACACAUUUAUUCCUUGACUUUUGGGCUUAUUUUCUUGCAAUGGUACAAAUCUGGUAAACAUUACAGGCUUGAAAAACCAUAUUUUAUUAGUACUGAAAUGUGUACUUUUUUUUACAUUUUAGUUUGUCCAAAAUUGGGAUGCAUUUCAUUACUGUCAACCAGGUAUAGUCAUGUAAUUAAUCCUACUUGGUGCAUGUGUGUAUCUACAGCUUGUCAUAGUGUCAUUACUUUAAUCAAUGUAUGUAUUGUUGGUACUAAAUGCGGCAGGUUUGAUUAACAUUUAAAAAUGUCUUCAAAAAGAUUACACAGUGAUUCAGCAUUGAAACAAAAAGUUAUCUUGUAUGCAGAAAAGCAUGGAAACAGCAGCAGGGCAUACAUUUGAUAUUAGUGAAGCAAAUAUCCGUUGUUGGAGGAAUGACUGCAAUUCCAUAUUUUCUUGCAAAGCACAAAAUGCUUUACAGGACCUAAGAAAGGAAGACACCCACAAGUAGAUGAAGCUGUGCUCCAUUUUGUCAGUGAAACACGUGCAAAAGGAUUGCCUAUCACAAGCCCGGCAAUGCAGUUGAAGGCAGGAGAAAUUGCCAAAACCCUCGGAAUUGACGAAGCAACAUUUAAAGCAACAAGAGGGUGUCGUGACCGUUUCAUGCUACGAGCAGGACUAUCGUUAAGGCAUUCAGCAUUGUUUUAUCCAAAGCUUUCCGCUGACAUUAAACAGAAGACAGUAGUGGAGCACUCUCCACAAAUGCUGCAUCAACACUGCUCCUGAAAACACCAAAGGGAGUGGUGUGUGGAAAAACGCAGCCAUCUGUGCCUGUGAUUUGAAAAGCGAUUCAGAAGAGUUGGACUCAGAAUAUGAAGUUAUAGUUAUAACUUAACCAAUUUAUUUCACACAUUUUCAUUACACAUGCACAAGAUUGAUGUGAUAAAAUUCUUUAACUCUAAAAGCACUGUUUUAAUAGGUAUAAAAUAAACCUUUUCUGUGAUA